GUUCGCAACAAAACAACACACGAUCAGAAAUAAAAACAAAUAAACCAAAACAAAACAAAAAAAUGUUUAUUAAAUAUAUUUGGCAUAAUUACAAUGAGAUUACUCAAGUAACGGUCAAUGGUCAGUAGUUCUUCUUGUCUUAUAUAGACCGUGGGCACACAAGCAAACAGGUUCGUACCAUCCUAUUCCCGUUAAUCGUUUGGAUUUUCCGUACAGACCUCAACAGUGUCAUCGUUGACUUCUUGCUGGGUGGAUGUUCAAAAUGUACGUUAUCGGGCUUCUAGUUGUACUGACGGUGGUUGAGUCACGACCGCAGAUAUCAUUAGAAUAUAAGCCGAUGCGACCAUUUUAUCAUCCAAGACCAUCAGGUACUCACCCAAGUCAAAUCGUGCCUUCGGGUCAGCCUUGGCCUGACAAUGCAAAUGGCUAUCAGAAUUUCAAUCAGGUGCCUACCAUAGCAGACAGAACAAAAGAAACGCAGUCGGAAAACAAACAAACUUCUUUAAGUGGUUCCAGUAGUGGCUUUUUGUGGCCAGAGACAGAAGAUGCGGAAGAAGAAGUUACUAAACCACCGACGCAAACCUAUACUACCACCAGGAAAAUUACUUUAGAAUAUCAACCAACAAGACCACCUCACCAUCCCAAACCUGGUAAUAAUUUACAACCAAUAGUGCCAGCAAGUAAACCAUGGCCGGCUGGACCUGAUGGUUACCUAACAACCCUCGCACCUACCAUAGUUGACAGAAUUAAAGAAGAUUCUUUACAAACGAGUACCCCAACAAGUCAAACACAGACCCCAAUUAAUUUAGGAUAUAAACCGACCAGACCCUUCUAUCAUCCAAAUCCGGGAAAUCACAUAAAUCAAAUCGUGCCUCCAGGACAGCCUUGGCCUAGUAGUCCUGAGGGAUAUCAAAAUUUCAGUCAAGUAGGAAAUUCGCCGAAUUUAGUCAACAGAAUACAGGAAACUAGUUCCACUAGCACAACCACGAAGAGUCCACAAGAGACAAUAAGCCUAGAAUAUCAACCAAAUCGACCCUCCUUUCAUCCAAACCCAGGAAAUAAUAUUAAUCAAAUUGUACCCCCUGGGCAGCCUUGGCCUAGUAGUGCUGAAGGAUACCAAAACUUUAGCCAAACCGGGAAUUCCCCAGAUUUAGUCAACAAAAUAAAAGAUACGACUGUGCCUAGUACGGUUGCAACGGCAAAGCCACAGGAACAAACGAUCAGUUUAGAAUAUCAACCAAAUAGACCUUCCUUCCAUCCAAAUCCGGGAAAUAAUAUAAAUCAAAUUAUUCCACCCGGUAAACCCUGGCCUGGUAAUCCUCAAGGUUAUCAGAAUUUCAGUCAAACUGGAAAUUCUCCGAAUGUGGUAAACAGAGGACAAGAAACAAAUUCUUCUAGUGCAGAACAAUCGAGUACCCAGAGCACCAGUUCCAGUCAACUUCCUCAAAAGCCACCAAUUAGUUUAGAAUAUCAACCUAAUCCGCCUUUCCACGCAAGACCAGGUAGUACACUGAGUCAAAUUGUACCUCCUGGAGAACCUUGGCCUAACAAUCCAGAAGGAUAUCAAAAUUUUAGUCAAAUGGCACCAGCUCUUAAUGUACAGGAAAGAGUGAAAGAAUCUCCUGAAUCUAGUACUACAAUACAAGUUCCUUCAGCAGUUCCUACACAGACUCCCAUUUCUUUAGAAUCUAAACCUUCAACACCUGGCAAUACAUUAGCACAAGUUGUUCCACUGGGGCAACUUCGGCCAGGUAGUUCAGAGGGUGACCAAAAUAUUGCCCAAUCGACACAACUUCCUGACUUGCUAACCCGUUUGAAAGAUUUUGUUGACAAAAAGAAUGCAAAGGAUAAGGGUACAAAGCCAGAAGAGACUGUUAUUGUGGAAGAAAUGGAAAGCAAAUCAGAUGGAAACCUGACUGAGAGCGGACAAUCCAAACCUGAAAUCAUCAACGGUACUGAACAACCUACAGAAUCUUCAGUCAGUGAAUUGAUGUCAAGCGAGACUUCAACGACAAAUGCAGCUGCAACCACAGUAAGAAACAUUCACCCCGAAGGAAAAUUAUACACUUCUGCUCCAGUUAAAGAAACAAAUGAACAAAAACUUUCAUAACACCCUGUACUAAAUAUAUUCCAAAACAGCAAAAUCGUCGAAAAUGUGCGACAAAGUCGAAAUUUUCUUCGUGACACCAGCGAUGUGCCAACUUAUUUUAUAAUAAAACGUAUUUAUCUAUG